AUGACAGAGCACAUCAAAAAGUAUCUGGCCACCCCCAAUCCUGAAUUGGCCGCGUGGUUCCCUUUUAGCAACAUUUGGACAGGUUGCGACGGUAAAUGUCCUCCCGAUCGCUCUAUUCACCGCUGCCCGUGUCCCUACGCAAAGACUCUUUUUGAUUUGUGUAAAAACAAACUCUCUCGCAAGGCGCAAAAGUCGAUAAGCCUAGCUAUCGCGUUUCAUCUGUCCCCCUCGUCCUCGUCCAGCUCCUCCGACUCGUCCUCAGCCCUAGACCCCCCUUCCUCUACCAUUCCUACCCGGUCUUCGCCCGCCGCCACCGUCGCAAAGGCUGUUGCGAAAGUGUUGGCCGAUAACCAAGUUUCACUUGAGAAACAUUCCUCGAGCACCUUCGCCCCUUCUUCCUUCACUCCGUCUACCCCUUCAGGAUCUCGACAUGGCUCGGAAGUGAAAGAUAUACAGAUGAAGAGUAAGAAGAGGAAGCGAGGGCCGAAGGACGACGAAGCAGCGGGAUUCCCUCCUUCGCCUCUCCGCCCUUCAGCCCUAUCAUCUAAGAGUGCCACCUCUUCUCGUUCCCCCGGGCCUUUUAUACGUCCAGAAGCCGGAAACGACUCUCACGUGGGAGAGAUACAGCAAGUGAAGGAAAAGAGGAAGCGAGGGUCUAAAAGCGGCACCUCAGUCUCCCCUACCCCACCUCUUGGACCUUCUGCUGCCUCGUCGGCGUCUGAGCCGUCUUCUUCAUCCAUCAUUUCUCCAUCUACAGCAGCUCCUCUUAUUGUCAAAAAAGCGCGAAAGCCUAGAAAGGGAAAAAGCAAGAAGGAGGAGUCAAGCGAUGAGGAAGGGGUGUCAGGAGAAAAGGAGCCCAAGACGACGGCGCAAGUCUUGAACUCUUUGCCUGCCCCGAGCCCUACCCAUGACAUGAAGAGCAGUGUCGCGUCUCAUACCCCUCAAGGCAUUCGCACAACAGAUACGCACACGCAUUUGUCUCAAGCUCAAAGGCGAUCGACUCCCGAUGAUCUUGAUCCGGCACGAAGUGGGAUUGGUCCCAGCAGAGCUGUUUCAGGCUACUAUGAUCCAACUCAGUGGGAUGUAUAUCCCCCCGUCAUCUCUCCACCUUUGCCCCGCCCCGCCCCGACUUCAACCUCCUCCCGUCGCCGAAAGCGUGCCCGAUCUCGAACAGCAUCAUCUUCUACCCCAUCUUCCAACGACUCACGUCCACGCUACCACUUGAGAUCUGCUGUUCCAGCUCGCCGCGCUUCUCGUCAUCAGUCCCAGGCGCUCGAGGACACUUCCCUCGAUCCUUCCCCUCCUCAACAGCGCGGUUCGUCCCCAAUUCUUGUGAUUGGCCAAGAAGAGUAUCCCGUCGAGCGUGUCGUCGACAGCCGACGUCAGAACCGUAAUAAGCUGGAGUUUAAGGUUGAGUGGAAGGGAUAUUACGGAGCCGAUCGGUACAGCUGGCUCCCCUUCGAGAGAGCCAAAUAUCUGAUCGCGCUGGAGCCCUUCUUCGCCGCGAAUCCCCAGAAACCAGGGGGGCCAAAAGAGCCCGUGGUAUGA